AUGGCAGAGUCCAACGAUAGUGCUACUCACCCUUCCUCAGCUCCGUUGUUUGAAUGGGAGUUUCAAAAGGUGGAGAGGAAGCUUGAUCUAAUUAUCGGAGCGCUUUGGAAAGUUGUCAAGAAGGAGAGUGUCGACGUAGAGUAUAUUUCCUUGGAAGAAAUGAAUGAGCUGACAGCAAGAAUUAUUCAAUCGUUCAACAACAAAAAUCGUCAGCAGUUUCAAUUAAUUUUUCCAGUCAUCAUGUCGAGAAUAACUAAACAAUCUUCCAAAAUUUUGUAUGACAACUUUUUUGGAUUUUGUGAGAGAUUUGCCUUCUUUUGCACUCUUGUUUGGAAUAAGGCUGUUUGGUCUAACCUUUUAGGCAGACUGUUGCUCUCUAUUGUAAAAAAUGGUGUGACCUGCCCCCAGCCAAAACGCCGAGAAAAAUAUAUUCAAAAGCUUUUAAACGAUGGUAAAAUUCAUUCGGAAGAGAUUUCUGAUGUAGAUCUUGUGUAUAUAUUGAACACUUUAAAUAUUGAUCAACAGGUGGAGGAACAAGUAGGUCAUCACGAAGACCAUGAAAAACUGGCAGAGGCGCUCGAAUCAUUGUUACAUUCAUCAUCGGAUUCUUGGGAAUUGAAACACACCAACGAAAUUCAUUCAUUAAUAUCGUUUAAUUCGCCUCUGGAUCUCGAAACGCUUUUAAAUAUCAAAGGAAAACCUAAAUCCUCACAACAACAACAGAUUAAAUUCAUUGACAAAUAUUUUGAACGAUUGCUCAGAUUGUCAUUCCGUGAAGGAGAUGAGACCAUUUUCCCCUCGGUUUCAGAACUAUGCUAUGACAGUGAAGAUGAAAUGAUAUUAGAUGUAAACAAAAAACCAAAGAGUUUUCUUAUAUUGGGAGAAUCAUUCAGUGGAAAGAGUAGUAUUGCAAAGAAAAUGUCACAACAUUUUAACUGUGUCAGAUUAGAUAUACAAGAAAUGGCCAAAGAAGAAUUUAUGUCAAAAAGCGAGAUGGGAUUGACUAUCGAAAAGUGCUUAAGGGAGGAACGAAACAUUCCAAACUCAGUGAUGAUUGAUAUUUUGAAAAAGUGGCUGACGUCAGAUUCUGUAAUUGAACGUGGCUACACACUUGAGUGGGGAAGCAUUCUCGGUCACGAUAUCAGGACUGAAAUAACAAAGUCUCUCGAGGAAUAUCCACCUAAAUAUGUCCUUAAUUUAGAGAUUGAACCAAAGGAAAAGGCCACACGAAACCAAGAAAUGGUAUCAAGAAUUUCUAAAAGAAUCGCUGAGCUCGAAAAGCAGAUUGAAGAAGAGGAUGAAAAAGAACGAAAAGAGCUUGAAGAUGAGAGAAGGAAGCAAGAACUGAAAGAGGAGAAAAAGAGAUUACUCGAAACACAAAAAUUAAACAAACUGCAUCAAGAGCAGGACGAAAAUAAUGAGGAUGAGGAAUCAAAGGAAAAUCAAGAGCAGGACGAACAUAAUGAGCAGGCAGCAGAGGACCUUCCAAAAGAAGAGGAAGAGGAGGAGGAGCAACCUGCUGAAGAAGACGAAGAAACCAAACUAGAACGAGAAAAACAGAAAGCCAUCGAAAGACAAACGAAAUUUAUGGAACGGCUUGAAUACUUUUAUUUGAAACGAAAAAUUUCGAAUGAUGUUCGAGUUGACACGGAUUCAUUGGAAAACAUUAUUCAAAAUGCUAAAGCUCAUUCAAAGUUUAUUUCUUCAAACACAUCGUCCCAAAGUUUAAACGAUGUGUUUUUCAAUAUUUUGCAGAAAAUUGUUCGUGCGUCUCCAAAUGUUCUGGCAAAAAGUUCGUCAUUGCCAACUGAAAAUCCAGAAGAAGAGGAAGACCCUCAAGCACAAAUUUCGGCAGCCUUGGAGAAGGGAUACAAAUGGAGCAGCUGGAAAAAGUAUUGCCCUGUGAGGUUUCAAGUGGACAGAGCAAUAGUGGAGGGUCUCUUUCCUGUUCUUUUCAGAGGUCGAGUUUAUUUAUUGUCAACUAAAGAGUAUCAGAAAGAGUUUAUAACUAAUCCAUCUUAUUACCUGAGGAGAAGGCCUCAAAAGAAUCAGAGAGUGAUAUUUAUUUGGAAUGGAGAAGAAGGAAAAGAAGUUUAUGAAGAAGUGGUGAAACAUUACAAUGUGGAGUGCACGAGCUUGGAAACCUACUGCAAUUAUGUCAAAACUAUACCACAAACUCCAAAGCAAGAAAAGCCCAAAAAGCAAGAAUCUUCUACAGAUGAGAAUGAAGAGAAUGUAGAACCGGCUGCUGAAGCCGAAAACUCUGCUCCUCUUGAACAUUCAGAAGAUAUUGCUAAAAGCAUUUUUGUACAUGCAGGAUCAGACUCAAACCAUUUAGAGCAUUUGAAACACCUUAUUGAGAGCCCAUGUGAAUCCAUUGCUACCUGUGUUGUUGUGAUAAAAAAAGAAGCGCAAGAAGAGACAGCCGACGAGCAGAACGGGGAACAGGAGGACGGAGAGCAGCCUGAAAAAUCAGAACAACCACCUCCACAGAAGGAACAGGUUAUUGACUUUGUCAAGUAUGUGAAAGAAAAAGAAGAACAGCUUGCAUCUAAAAAGAUUAAGAUCAUUGACAUUUCGUUAACAAGCACAUGGGAAGGAGCUUUUAACAUUAGGAAACAAAUUGAUCCCUUCUACUCUGAAGCGGUAGUUGUUUCAGGAGUUGAAAUUCCCAAGGAAGACUCUAUUUUUGAACGAGAAGAAGCGACUACGCAAUCAGAAGAGACUGCCACUAUCGAGGAAGGCAAUAAGGAUGAGGAAAUUGAUGACGAACCCAAACCCGUUCCUGAGCUCAGACAACGAGUGCUUGGUUAUUCUGGACUUUUUUGUCCUGUAACACUGAAAGAGAAAAAGAUGUUAGUCAAAGGAGAUUCCUCAUUGUGUGUCUCCUACAAGAACAAGCAUUACUUCUUUGACAAUCAGGAAUGUGUUGAUCGUUUCAUUGUACGACCUGACUAUUAUACACGACAUAUGGACCUUUCAUCACUCAAUAUUUGGAUCCUUAGUGCUGGUGACCAAAUUGCCUUUGGAGAACGGCUCUCUAACCUGACCAAGUUACCAGUGAUCAAGCUUGAGGAAUCCUUUAUUGAAAGUGAAGGGUCAAAAUAUGAGUCCGUGAAUAAGUAUAUUCAAGAAUUAGAGAGACCAGUUGAAAAGCCCACGAAACCAGAAAAAGAUGAGGACGAAGAAGCUAAUCAAGAAGAUGAAGAAAAUAACGAAGAAGAAGUGGAAGAGGAUGAAGCUGCAAAACUCGAAAAAAAGUUGAGACGAAUGUGUAAUAUUUUCAAACUUAUCCUCCAAGAAGAAAAGUACGCUCAUGGUUACAUUCUCACUUCCAUUCCAUUGGGAGAGCAUACAGAACAGAUUCUAAAUAUUCUUGAUGAAAUGGGAAUUGUCCCUACGGUGAUAUUGAACUUUAAAGUCUCUGAAGAACAUCUUGUUAAAAGUAGAUUUGAACAAGACUAUUCUGAGUACAAGAAAAUGGUAUUGGAACGAAAAGUAAAAAAGAGAAAAGAAGCUGAAAAGGAUAAAAUCGAAAGAAGAUUAAAAAAGAAAAAGCAAGAGACAGAAGACGAAGAAGAAGGAAAAGAAGAAAAUACUCAAGAAGAGGUUGUGAAAACCAAGGAGGAAAUUAUGGAAGAGGCCCAAAAAUCCUACACAGAUUCUGUCGAAAAGAUUGAAGAAAUUAUUUCACGAUAUCAAGGAAAACGAUUUGUUGUCCGAGAUGUGGACUCUACAAAGCCAGAGAGAUUAUUCCAAAAGACUCUUGAAGAUUUUAUCAAAUUAUUUAUAGAUAGAAAUCCUUUGUUUGAUUUUGUGGCUCCAUGCACUCAUGAAAUUGCAAUGAACUUAAUUCAUGAGGGUAAAAAGAAGCUGGGAUAUUAUUACUUUGAUAAGGUUGAGCGAGUGAUUCAAAGUGACGGAUUUCCCAAGAUUCAACAACAUUUUCUCACAUUCACUCAUUCAGAAGAUGAAUAUAUUGUCAAGCCUCCACCAAAAGAAGAGCCACCUCAAGUUGUUACUAGACCACAAGUUGAGGAGCCAACAAACAAUGAAGAAAAUCAAGAUGACAAUGAAGAAAAUGAAGAACAGCCAGCAGAAGAGAAAGAUGACAAGGAUGAUGGAGCUCAAGAAGAAGCAGUAGAAGAAGAGGAAAAUAAGAAAAAACAGCGUGAGCCUCCAAAACCAGAGCUUUCAUUCCCAGUUGUUGUCAAUCAUAGAGUCUUUUUCUUUAUAACUGAGAAAUCUCGAGAUGUAUUCAUGAAGAAUAGAAAAUUCUACAUGGAGUGUACAUUCGAUGACCAUGCAUUCCGACCUAAGGUUUUAAUUCUUGGAACGGAUCAAGAGAAACGUCAAUCUGUUGCAAAGAAGGUUGCAGAAAAUCUUGGUUGUGUAUAUAUUGACGUGAACGAAAUUGUAAAUACUUUCAAACAAUACGAUACAAUGUUGGGCCAACAUUUGAGAUCUAUGCAAGACGAAGAAGAAUUAGAUCAUCUUGUCGAGUUGUUAAAGUUGAGAGUACAACAUUUUGAUUGUCAGGUGAAAGGUUAUGUCAUUGAUGGAAUUUAUCUAUCGUUCGAAGAUGUGAAAGAAUUAUCAAAGAGAGGUGAACUUAUUGAUAAGGUCUUCUUUUUACAUAAUGACAAUGAAAUGUUUACUCAAGAAGAACGACAAAUUGAAACUCUUUUCGAAAUAGAGAGACCAUUUACCACAUGUCGUUUAGGAAUAUUACCUGAAUGGUUACUUGUUUCGAAUAUCCAACGAGCAGUGACAAGUACUCUCUCACGGCAAUAUUUAUUCCAUAUGAAAACACAAAUGGAACUUGCUGCACCUAUUCAUGACAUUGGUCUUACGAAUUCCUUCUUCACAGAACAUUUAUCAAAAUUUAAAACCUAUUGUCCUGUGAAAUUUGUUGAAGAAGGAAUUCUUUGUGACACGAUUGCAGAUCGAUCACAUUUGCAUCGAUGUCUCUACUCUCAACGAAUUUAUUGUAUGAAUGAUCACACAGCACUAGAAAUGUUCAUGUCCAAUCCAGAAAGGUUUUCAAGUCAUGAAGAAGAAUUUCCAUCCGAUCUUCCACGUGAGGUCAAUGAUUUGGUAUUGAAAGGAGCAGAUGCAAUUCGAGAAGAAGAAUACGAUGAUGAAAUUGCAUACAAAUUCGAAUAUAAGGGAUUUUGUCCUAUUUUAUUGAGCAUGGGAAUUAUCAUGUGGGGAAAGAGUGUUCACUCAAUUGAAUAUAAGGGAAAGCUGUUUAGAACUUAUUCCAGUGAGGGAAGAACUAAAUUCAUGCAAACACCUUGGAAAUAUUUGAAUCUUCCACUCCCAAGCAAAUUACCCAUUCGACAACGAGAUUGGCCCAAUUUAGGUGUUGUUGAAUAUUUGGAAGAGUCUGUGGCUGCUGUGCUCUCGAAUUCUGUUUUGGAACUUGCAAAAAUACGGCCCUUGUACAGAGGUUUGAGUGUUAAGGAUUCUGCUUUGAAGCAUUUAGCACUGCUUCUUAAAAGGAAUAAUAACGCAAACAAACGAAUUGUGAAUAAACACUAA